UCCCACUAAAGCGGUUUCAGCGGACGGACGGCUCUCCACGCUCACGGAUGGCAACAUGGCGACAGAGUUUCACAACCUGCAGGAGUUGAGGCACAGUGCAUCUCUGGCAAACAAAGUAUUUAUCCAGAGAGACUACAGUGAAGGCACCGCUUGCAGGUUUCAGACUAAGUUCCCCUCUGAACUGGAAAGCAGGAUUGAGCGGACACUAUUUGAGGACACUGUGAAGACGCUGAACAACUAUUAUGCAGAGGCAGAAAAGAUUGGAGGACAGUCCUACUUUGAAGGCUGUUUGGCCUGUGCUACAGCAUAUCUCAUCUUCCUCUGCAUGGAGACACGCUACGAGAAGGUGUUAAAGAAGAUAGCCAAGUAUAUUCAGGAGCAGAAUGAGAAGAUCUAUGCGCCCAGAGGUCUGCUCAUCACAGACCCUAUAGAGAGAGGAAUGCGUGUUAUUGAGAUAUCCAUCUAUGAAGACCGUGGUUCCAGUGGUUCCAGCUCAGGCAGCAGCUCUGUAUCUGGCAGCACUGCUCGAUGACUGGGGUCUUCGUAAAACCGAGUUCUCUUGGAGAACUUACAACUUAGGACAAUGAAAACCCUCAUGUACCAUCGACUGAUGCGUCCCAACGCUACGCUCACACGAAGGAUCCACCAGCCUUUUCAAACUUUACGCUCCAGACCUUUCAUCACAGUCUUUUUUCAGUUCAUGCUUAUAAUGUGCACUUUAGCAGUUUGUUGUAAAACCAUGAUACAGUCAUAUUAGGUUGCAUCUGCAAAUGCCAAACAUAAAUUCCUGAAAAGUUGGGAUUUUUUUCUUCAGUAUCUAUAUUUUGUUAAUUUGUUUAAACUGUUAUUGAGCAUAGUGUAAACGAAAUUACUUUCAAUGUCUUUACUGACUGCCUACAUUGUAAUUGUAAACAAAUGCAGAAUUUGAUGCCAAAAAUACAGCAAAAAAAAAGGGAGCGAGGCAAAGAAGGGCAGAAAAGCUUAUAGUCAGGGUGGGUUGUCUCAUCUCCAAGUAUCAAACUCAAUCAGAUAAUCAUUAAUCAGUUAAAAUAGGCACAUUUACAUGUACAAAAAUUUAAAGAACUUCGAUCAAUCAAAAUCUAUAGUACAUAAAAUUGUGAAGUCAUACAGGCUUGGAAAAUCAUUAACAUUCAAAAAAAAGGUGAUUACUGAAGUCACACACGUAACGUGAAACCAUACUGGAAGAAGUCAUAUAUUGGUACUGAAACAUUGUGAAUUUUCUGGGCUUAAGCACAUCAUAAAAUGUGAAAAGACGGUGCCUGUGAGGGCAUGAGCGUGUCAGUGCCCACAGCCUGCAUCUAUUUCUUUUGUGAAAAACAUAUCCAGCCAACAUCCUGUAUCGUUUUAAAGAUUACAAUCUUUUAACAGCUGAAAUCUUACAUUCAGCCCGAAUCUAUUCAGAUUCCUGUCGUACAGCUCUAACAAUUAGUGUAAUUAAAGCAAUAGUGAGAUCAUUUUUUAUUUGCAAAAUAAUCUAAAAAUUACAGACGUUUAUGACUUUUUUAUUUUUUGUUAAUUUUAAUAAAAAAAACAUCCCACCUUUCCUGGAAAUUUGGUGUAUCCGCAGGUAGAAUUCUGUGUGAUUGUGUUGUUCAUUCUUUCCUUCCUUCCUGUCCUCUUUAAUGUUAAAGGGAGGGGGGGGUGCUCAGUCAGCUGUGAAGGUCACAAGCUUCACCAAACCUCAAACCUCAGCCGAGUCCACAUCACAGCAGAGCCCUGACCAACCAGGACACUUGAAGCAGCUCACUCCCAUCAAAACUACAUGUUAGACACUGGCUUUUUAUGACGUUAUCUUUUGCUGACCUACCUUAGAGACUUAAGAAAAGGAUAGAGACAUAUUUUAGUUAGAUGAUACAAAAAAAACAUUCAAAAGUCCAGAUAAAUAGUGUUAAACGCCUCUUCCUCUUUCACCUCUGCUGUAAAUCAUGCUGUCUGAUAGCAGAUGAAUGUUAUUCAGCCCAUUCAUAAAUAUACAGGUAGGAGAUCACUGGAAGCCUGUAUUUUAUUUGCUUGAAACCUGCACAAAUAUUAGUAGUAAACUCUUGGUUUCCUUCACAGAGACACCAAUGCUUCCUAAUAUGAUGAUGAUGAUGAUUAUGCAAAGGAUCACUGUACAUUAACUGAAGGAGAACGAUAGAGGAUGGGUGUGAAGUCUUCCUGAUUCGUAUUUUUAGUUUUUAGUAUCAAACCAAGCCAACCCCUCCUUAUUUUGCAAACAAACGUCCAAAGAAUAGUAACUGCCAAAUAUGGGCUCGCAAAUGUGAAUGUGACUUUUAUUUUGCUGACAUUUUGUGCAAGAACAAAACUUUCGUACUCCUUGUUUGAUACAUGUGGUAAUGUUGGAUAUUCAACUGGUAUCAAUUAAACAGUUUCAUCACA